AUGGACUUGGGCGCAGAGGAGUUUGAGCAGAACCUCCCCUUCCUGCAGGAGCUCGUCCAGGAGGCGGACUUUGUGGGUCUGGACAUAGAGUUCACUGGCCUUCGUUCUAGCCUUCCCGGACCACAGCAGAUCAGUCUUUUUGAUUUGCCAUCCGAGUGGUACCUAAAGACCCGCCAGAGUGUUCAGCAGUUUACCAUCUGUCAGAUUGGAUUGUCUGUAUUUUCCACUAUCGAAGGGGAGUUCAACAAGUAUGUAGCCCAUUCAUAUAACUUCUUUCUCUUCCCUACAACAUUUGGGAUUUUGGAUUCAGAAUUCUCUUUCCAGGCUUCUAGUGUUCAGUUUUUGAAUCAAUACGGCUUCAACUAUAACAAGUUUCUUAAAAAUGGAAUCCCAUAUAUGAAUGAAGAACAGGAGAAAAAAAUUAAGCACAACAUCCUGACAGGGAACUGGAGAGUUCGCAGCUCUCUGGAUAAAGACCAAAUCAAGGUGGUGAUUGAUGAGGUGACGCGAUGGCUGGACCUAGCUGAGGAAGGUGACCGGAUGACUCUGCCUGGUAUUGCUGGGUUCCAGGCCUUUGAGGUCCAAUUGGUGCUGAGGCAGGCCCUCCCCAACAUCUGGACGAUGCUGAAAGAUCAGGGCGUGGUGGUGAAGAAGGUGAGUCGGCAGCAUCGCUGGUACCUUGAGAACGCCUCUUGUGAUCGAGCCAGCUGUUGGAAGGAGCAGAUUCUCCUCUCUGCGAGGGGUUUUUCUGUUUUUUUCCAGAUGCUGGUGAAAGCCCAGAAGCCCUUAGUGGGGCAUAAUAUGAUGAUGGAUCUGUUGCAUCUCCAUGAGAAGUUCUUCAGACCUCUCCCAGAAAGCUAUGAUCAGUUUAAGCAGAAUAUCCAUGACCUGUUUCCUGUUCUCAUUGAUACCAAGAAUGUGACAAAGGAUAUCUGGAAGGAGCUGCGUUUCCCACGGGUCUCCAAUCUCUCCGAGGUGUAUGAAGUACUGAGCAGUAACUUGAAUCCCACCAAGAAUUCUGGACCAGUGAUUGUUCAUGCGAGCAAAUGUGAAAAAUAUGCCCAGAACAAGUGCCCCCAUGAAGCAGCAUAUGAUGCCUUUCUUUGUGGGUCAGUUCUUCUGAAAGUGGCUCACCUGCUCCUUCAGAGGGUGCACAGCAGCGGACCCAUGCCUGAGCCAUCCUUCCCUCAGUACCUCGACGUGCUGGCUCCUUACGUGAACCAAGUCAAUCUUAUCCGAGCUGGGGUCCCUAAAAUCAAUUUUUCUGGCCCAGAUUAUCCCAGUAUUCGGCCUCCCAUCCUCAUCCUCACUGUUAGGAGGUGGCCCGGGGCCAGCGAGCAGCAAGUCUACCGAGAGUUCCAGAAUCUCUGCAAGUUCGAUGUCAGGCGACUCACUCGAAGCCAGUUCCUGCUCCUGACCAAUAAGUUUAAGGAUGCCCGCAGUAUCCUGAAGGAGUACAGGUGCCACCCAACCCUGCAGGUCUCCCUAUACCGGUAUUGGAGACAUUCCCCCAACAUCAACUGCGUGUUACAAGUCUGUGGAGUGGUCACUACCUGGGCUCUGCUGGCGUUUCUCCUGGGAAGAUCCAGAUCCUGAGUGCUGCAAGCCUCUUGGCCUGUGUUCUGUCGCCAGGCCUUCCUGGGGCGUGUGUGCGUGUGUGUGUGUUAAUAUGUGUAAAUCAUAUU